AUGGCAGCUAUCUCCCCUUCAGCCCGGCCGGAAACCGCGGCGUGGAAGAAGAACCUCUCAGCCCACAUCAUCUGUCCCGAGUGCAAAGAGGUUCCCCCGAAUCUAGAAUUCCCCGGAUCACAUGAAACCGUUUGCGGCUCUUGCGGACUGGUGCUCGCGGAUCGAGAAAUCGAUAUGCACUCCGAGUGGCGUACCUUCUCGAACGACGACCAAAAUAACGAUGACCCCUCGCGUGUUGGAGAUGCUACGAACCCACUCCUGAAUGGUGACCAGCUCGAGACUCAAAUUGCUAGUGGUGGUUCCGGUCGAGUCCGCGAUCUGUAUCGCGCGCAGAAUAAGCAGUCCAGCGAAAAGGCCAACAAGUCCCUCCUUGCCGCAUACAAGGAGAUUGGUGCUCUCUGUGAUGGAUUUAACAUCCAGAAAAAUGUGGCCGAUACGGCAAAAUAUCUAUUCAAGAUUGUCGAUGAUGCAAAGGCUUUCAAGGGCAAGUCCCAGGAUGUGAUUAUCGCCGGCUGUAUCUUCAUCGCGUGCCGGCAGUGCAAGGUCCCCCGUACCUUUACCGAAAUCUUCGCCGUCACCAAGGUAACUAGGAAGGAAAUCGGACGUAUCUACAAGGCGCUGGAGAAAUUUUUCACCGCUCAGAACCUCGAGCGUAUUAACGCCGUGGUCUCAAGCGGAGGUGUUCCCGACCCCAACGACACCUACACUGCCACCACCUCCACCAAGCCCAGCGAUCUUUGCAACCGUUUCUGCAAUCUUCUCGACCUGCCAUACCAAGUCACGAGCGUCUCCUCGGCUCUGUCCGAUCGUGUGACUACUAUGGGCGAUCUUGCCGGACGCUCUCCCCUCUCGAUUGUCGCGGCAUGUAUCUACAUGGCCUCCUACCUCAUGGGCCAUGGCAAAACCGCCAAGGAAAUCUCUCAAGUUGCUCAUGUCAGUGACGGUACAAUCCGCGGUGCCUACAAACAACUAUACGCUGAGAGAGAACGGCUAGUUGACGCAGAAUGGAUCAAAGACGGAAAAGGCGACUUGAAAAAUUUGCCCCCUAGUUAA